AUGUUCACCGCUGGAAGUCUGCCAGGUGCCGCCUCGCUGUCGGAAGUGUUGAGCUCUGAAUCGCCGCCGUUUAACACGCUGUCUCCUCCAUCGCAAAGCUCUGUCCCACGCCGGUGGCCGUCGCAACCAUCCAAACACUGGAAAUCGCCGCCUCCACUAUCGCGGACGACCGGAGGCCAGAUCUCGCCGGCGAACCGGACCGAAAUUGACGCACCGCGAUAUAUAUGUGGCUGCCGGCAGUGGUCGCGAUUGACUGGAUGCAGAGCCCCUCGUGGUGGCGGCGGAGCGUCCGUCACGGCCGCGUCUCAGUCUCGGUUGAUCGGAUUUCACUCGUUGGCAAUCCAGGCGCGAGGAUGUCUUCUGCAACUUUAUAGAUGCCCCAAAAAAUUAGGGAUUUAG